GCUCUCUUAGCAAAUCGGCUAGCCGCUGCGACGCCGCUGCCUUCUGCCGCAUCGGGGACUUUCGACCAUUUUGAUUACCCCGGCCCAAAUAAAUUGCUUUUUCAUCGGCAAUUUAAUAUAAGUAAUUUAACAUGAUAGAAAUUAAUUAAACGGAUCGUUAAUUUGACAUAUUUUCGCUGAUUUUACAACCGGUUUGGCGGGACUAGAUCGGGUUAACAAUACGACGAGCUAAAGGCUAACGCAGUUAUCGGUGAGACACAGGCCAGCUUGUUUUUAGGUAGCUAACACAGUUAGCUCGGAGAGCUACCGCUGCUGUCAUGGAGGACAAAUCUUUUACUAAAGAAUUAGACCAAUGGAUCGAACAGCUGAACGAGUGCAAGCAGCUAACAGAAAACCAAGUCAGGACACUCUGUGAGAAGGCCAAGGAGAUUCUGACCAAGGAGUCCAACGUUCAGGAGGUGCGAUGCCCGGUGACGGUGUGCGGUGACGUUCACGGUCAGUUCCAUGACCUCAUGGAGCUCUUUAAGAUCGGAGGGAAGUCUCCAGACACCAACUAUCUGUUCAUGGGAGACUAUGUCGACAGAGGCUACUACUCCGUGGAGACAGUCACGCUGCUUGUCACGUUAAAGGUUCGUUUCCCAGAGCGAAUCACCAUCCUGCGAGGCAACCACGAGUCGCGGCAGAUCACGCAGGUCUACGGCUUCUACGAUGAAUGCCUGCGGAAAUAUGGCAAUGCCAACGUCUGGAAGUACUUCACAGACCUGUUUGACUACCUGCCGCUCACUGCGCUGGUCGACGGACAGAUCUUCUGUCUCCACGGAGGUUUGUCUCCCUCCAUAGACACUCUGGAUCACAUACGAGCUCUGGACCGCCUGCAAGAAGUCCCACAUGAGGGUCCCAUGUGCGACCUGCUGUGGUCCGACCCCGACGAUCGCGGUGGGUGGGGCAUCUCUCCCCGCGGUGCUGGUUACACCUUCGGACAGGACAUCUCCGAAACCUUCAACCACGCCAACGGCCUCACCCUGGUGUCUCGCGCCCAUCAGCUGGUCAUGGAGGGCUACAACUGGGGCCAUGACAAGAACGUGGUGACCAUCUUUAGUGCUCCAAACUACUGCUACCGCUGUGGAAACCAGGCAGCCAUCAUGGAACUGGACGACACUCUGAAAUACUCUUUCCUGCAGUUUGACCCCGCCCCUCGCCGUGGCGAGCCUCACGUGACCAGACGCACCCCCGACUACUUCCUGUGAAUGUCAGCGCCUUCCCCGUCAGCCAUCCAUGAAGCUCCACCCACCCCCUCCCCCACCUCAUUUUGGAUGGAAAGAUAUUAAUACUGAUGAUGAUGAUACUGUACCAGGGAGAAUAAAGUCAAACGAUUGGCUGAUGAGUUCAAUAUUUUAACAAAAAGAGCAACUUAAAGAGCGGCCCCCUCUACAGUCGUGUUGUCGAUAUGCUGUCAUUAAUGCUGUGCUCCUGGGGAAAACAACACGUAAACUAUGAUCUGUUUUCUUUUUCUUUUUGUUUCUUACAUGUUUGAAAACAAGAUAAUAAAACUACCGACGUGGACCAAAUGUGCCAUAUUCUGAUCCUUUUACAGGUUUUCUGUUUUUCUUUUCUUCUUUUUUAGACUUCACUAUAACCCUUCCUGACAUUACCACACACACAUCUCAUGGCAUAUGUGCUUUUUUCUGUUGCAAAAUCAUAAAAAUAAAAAGUAUAGAAAAAAAAAAGAAGUUUGCUUUAAAUAGUACAGCUGUCAGUUUUAGCUGUCCAGGCUGCAGCCGGUGGUCAUCUCAGCAAGUAUAUUACUGUAAUUUGAAUUCAGACAACAGACGUAUGAAAUAAAAUGUCUCAUUAAA